AUGGAAUCUCUGUCUUCUGAGUUUGAUUGGCGAAAGCUCUUCCGUGGAACUAAGGAACAAUCCCUAGAAUUUUUCUCGCCUGAAAUUCUUGAGGGGAUUCCUACUGUCAUUCCUCCUCCCGGCGUUAUUGAUGAGGGGAUUGCUGAAUGGGACUGUGCGGUGGUGGGGCAGUUUAUUGGUGAUGCUCUAAACUUUGGUUCCAUGCAAAAAAUAGCAGAGAUCUUAUGGGGGAAAUCUUCAAAAAUUAAGGUGCUUGAGAAUGGCCCUUGGCACAUUCAAAACAAGCGUCUUGUGCUUAGGAGAUGUGAACCUAGUUUAAAGAAAUUAGAUUUCGAUCUUAAACAAAUGCCUAUCUGGAUUCAACUAUACAAUGUUCCUUUAGAACUGUUUUCUAGAUUGGGUCUCAGUUAUAUUGACAGUGCUGUGGGGAUUCCAUUGUACACUGAUUCUGUUACUGCCUCCAAGGAGAGACUUGAAUUCGCCAAAGUCUGCGUAGAGGUGAAAGCUGGGGAAAUUAUCCCUGAGGUGAUCCAUGUAGCUCUAAGGGAUGUGCAUAAAGGACCCCUGAAGAGUAAGGAAGCUCAAGUCUGGAGGAAAAAAGUGAGUCCUAAUAAUCCUGGUUCUUCUGAUAAGGAGGGGAUGGCUGGUUCUUCUUGCUUUGUUCUACAGAAGACCAGCCCCAGUGGAGAAGUAUUAAGGAUUGCAGAAUUGCAAGUUGGUACUGAUGAGGUUAUUUUUAUUCAUGCUCUUCAGGAAACUAAUGUUGGCCCUUUGCAAGAGGCAAGGGAAGCUGUUAUUGAUCAGGUUCAAGGUUCUGGAAAAGUUAUGCAGGGUAUUGAGAAUAUACAUGUUCAUCCUCCUCAGGACAAUACUAAUGGCACUCUGCAAGGAAGUAUGGUUGAUGUUCAAGUUCCUGUGUUAGGUGAUUUUGAUGGCACUGCUGGGAAGUCUUCUAAGCAAAGCAUCUCCUAUGGUAUUGAAGAUCAUUUAGGGGCUGCUAGUAUGACCUUACCUAUAGGAACUGGGUUAAAUCUUAGUUAUGGUGGCGAUUUACUAUCUCUGCAGGAUUCAUUGAUCCCUAAGAAGAAGGCUAGGGGAAAGAUAAAAGACAAUGCUGGCUCUUCUAGUAAAAUGGAGAGUAUGGCUAGAGGUGGUGUUAUUGAGGGACCUAGGAAGGCUCGGGUAGCAUCUCUGGGGGGGGGACCAUGCUUCUCAAUGAAAUUAAAGCUAAAAAGAAAGAUCAUUUGGAAAAGGUUAAAGGUUCAGAGAGUUAGAAAUGCCAAUUUUUCUAAGGUUGUAGCCCCUCUGUCUGCUGACUGGAAUUUAGCUACUAACUAUGAUUACUCUGAUGGGGGUGAUAUGGCUGGCCACAAGUUAGUUAUCACUGCAGUGUAUGACAGCAAUAAAAAUAUGGCUAGGAGGAGCAUGUGGGAGCAUUUGAAGCUUCUUGAAACUGUAGUUGGCUCUUCUUCUUGGAUAAUUAGGGGAGAUUUCAACAUUAUUGUAAAUGCUCAGGAGAGGUCUCACUUUGAUACUAUGGGUUUACACAGUACAACUGAUAUGGAUGAUUUCAAGGGUUAUUUGGUGGAUUUAGAACUACAAGAUCACCCUUUUACUGGUCCACUCUACACCUGGUCUAAUAAGAAGGGUGGUUCCUACUUGGUUAGAAAGUUAGACAGGAUUUUAACUAAUUCUCAGUGGUUGUUGGAAUUUUCUGACUCAUCAGUGGAAUUCCAAGCACAGGGGGUCUCUGAUCACUGCCCUGGGAUAGUUUGGACCCAGAAGAAUGCUCAAGUUCACAGGUCUAAGCCUUUUAAAUUUUUCAAUUGCUGGACUGCAAAUGAGGUUGCUGGAAAGAGAGCAGAACUUAAAUCUAUUCAGAUCCAUAACCUUGUUCAUGAUGAUCAAAAGAGGCUAGAUGAGGAUAUGAUGAUUCAGACAGAUUUAAUUGCCUUAGAAGCUGCUGAAGCUGAGUUCUAUAAGCAAAAAGCAAAGGCUCACCAGCUGCAAGAAGGAGAUUUUAAUACCAGAUUUUUUCACCAGAGAGUGGAAUCAAAUAAGAAGAGAAAUACCAUCAGAAUCAUUAAAUAUGAAAAUGGGGUAUACCAUGAAACUUUUGAUGAUAUGGUUGUUGAAUUGGUUAAGUUCUUCAAGAACCUUAUUGGUACUGUUGACCCCUUGGCUAGGGGUUGUUCUGUUGAGUAUUUGAAGCCUUUGCUGAAUUUUUCUCUACCUGAAGGAGCUGCUGAUUUCCUUGUUGCUGAGGUUACUGAUAAAGAGAUCAAAGAAGCACUUUGUAGGCAAGGAAAGGACAAAAGUCCUGGUCCAGAUGGCUUUACUUCUUAG